UAUGCCUUUAAGAUUAUAAGUUUGGUGCAUAAAUUGAGAAGGUAGUAAACUUGAUGUAUCUGUACACGUAUAUUUUAUUUAUUAUUAUUACUAUAUAAAGAGACAUAAGCCACCUACCUGCCUUUUGUUAUUGGUUUGUUCGCCCUCUUUUCGCCUGCCUAUUGUCUACUCUUUCUCUCUUGGAAAAAAAAAGGUUGUUGUAUGGCCGCCAGCUUUGGGAACCGAUUUCUCAGCCAGAUCCGAACCUCACCUGCAGUUCAUCCAAAUCUUGUCGUUUUAAGAUUUAUCAGCCAGAUCCGAACCUCGUCUGCAGUUCAUCCAAAUCUCGUCGUUUUAAGGAGGGCAGUGCAUGCGUCUGUGUACGACAAGAACAUAGAGGAUCAGAUCCGCCCAUCAUUAGUCCCAGAAGAAGCGGUUACCCGAGCAAAACCAGAAAAGUACUGGGUACCAGACCCAAAAACCGGGGUAUUUGGGCCAGCGGGUGAGAAAAGCACAAAUGCAGCCUCGGGAUUUGAGCCAACAGCGGUAAAUGGUUCAGUGUUGGAGUAGAAGGCUUUCUUCCGUCCUCUUGAGAACUUAGAGAAACCAACUCGCCCGUGAGGAGGUUAAUGUAUGAUUUGGUGGUAGUAUGUUAUAUGCUAAAUAUAUGUGUAAUAAGGAAUAAAUGAGGUGGUGGUCUAGGAUGGUACUGUGUGGGAUGUAUGUAAAUUAUGGAAGUAUGUGAACAAUCCAUUUUUGGGAUUUUGAUUUAUGUUAAUCCAAACAACAUGCCCAACAA